CUUUUUUCUUUCUUUUUUUCAUCCUCAGGAAACCUUCCUUUCUUUUGAUGGACGGUCAAUGUAAAGCUGGCUUCAAAUUGCAAUUGGUUCAAAACCACGAAGGAAAAUCAUAUCGGUGUACGGUGUGAAUCUUUGUUAAUACUCAAGUUGUUUAAUUAAUCUAAUCUACUUGAAUUGCUCGUCGUGUCUGGUGCCGUAUCAUUUUCAGUCAGUAUUCAUAUGCAUUCGAUGCACGAGAGCAGAAGAAGGGGAAGAAGAAGACAGAAAGGGAGGACAAGAGGGUGGUUAUUUUGUUCAACGUCAAGAAGGUUAUUAAAACAAGUAUAAUACAAUCAUUCACUUUUUGUGCGGAUUGAAACCGUCAAAAACUUGACAAAGUUCUCCAUGCGAUUUGGUGCCUCCGCUUGGUCAUAACUUUUACACCUAGAAGGCUAAAACUAUAUUCUAUUGAUCUUUCUCGGAGUCAAAGAAAGAUCAAUAUAAUUUUCCUUAUCUUGGUGAUGGGGUUCUUGGGCUUUACUUUGCUCUUUGUUUGUGUGCUUCAAGUUGCUUAUGCACAACCAGCCACCGCACCUGAAGAAGUGGCUGCUCUUAACAAGGUCAUAGAUCACUGGAAUUUAAGAGACAAAUUGAAUAUGAUCACUGAUCCUUGUGCUCCAAAUGCAUCAUGGGCCCCAGAAAAUGCAAACCCUCGUGUUGCUUGUGACUGCAAUGGGAAUAGCUGCCACAUUACUCACUUGAAAAUAUAUGCUCUGGAUAUUUCUGGUGAAAUACCCGGUGAACUGUUUGUAUUAAAGCAGCUAAUGGAUUUGAAUCUAGGACAAAAUGUGUUGAAUGGGUCCAUUCCACCUGAUGUUGGACAACUAACCAACAUGCAAUACCUUAGCCUUGGUAUAAACAAUCUCACGGGUCCAGUUCCUCCAGAGUUGGGCAAUCUAUCCAAGUUGAUUUCCCUAAGUUUUAGCUCGAAUAAUUUCUUUGGACAAUUGCCCAAGGAGCUUGGGAACUUGACCUCUUUACAGCAGCUAUACAUCGAUAGCAGCGGAGUGAGUGGGCCCAUCCCACAAGAAUUUGCAAAAUUGAAGUCCCUACAGAUUCUCUGGGCAUCUGAUAAUAUGUUAUCUGGGAAGCUUCCAGAAUUCUUUGGUACUCUAACAGAACUGAAGGACCUGAGGCUUCAAGGGACUUCACUUGAAGGUCCAAUCCCAAGCAGUUUCGCUGCUUUAAACAAACUGGAGGAUUUGAGAAUUGGUGAUCUCAAUGGGGAAGAUUCUUCUCUUGAUUUCUUGGAAGUCCAAACAAGAUUGUCGAUACUAAUAUUGAGAAAUUGUGGCGUGGCUGGACAAAUUCCAGAGCAACUUAGGACAUUUACUCUGUUGGAGCAUUUGGACUUGAGCUUCAACAAGUUGACCGGUCGUAUACCAACCUCAUUUCAGAAUCUGGCUUCGUUACAAUUUUUGUACCUUGGCAACAACAACUUGAGUGGGGAUCUACCUGCUGAUCUCAUAGGUCCAAAGCUCAUUGUAUUGGAUGUCUCCUUCAAUCCAAUAUCAGGAAAUUUACCACAAAGUUUUGCCAAAGCAGGAUUGUCAGUGAAUGUUCUUGAGACUUCCAUCAAUACAGAGAGUCUACAAGACAGCAAGGCUUCUGGAGUGUUAAAGUGCCUCCAAGGCAAUACCAAAUGCACCGACAUCAUUCUGCAGUCUUCUUUUUCUAUCAAGUGUGGAGGCUCAGCCCAAAAGUCUGCAUCUGGCAUUGAGUUUGAUGGUGACUCUGAAGAUGUGGGAGCCGCGUCAUUUUACACAAGCCCUGAUGACCAAUGGGCAGUCAGCAACACUGGAAAUUUCAUCUCGAACCCAAAUGGACCUCAGUAUAUAGCAAAAACUGAUUCUCAAAUCACUGGAACUUUGAAUUCUGAGCUGUAUAAGACAGCAAGGAUUUCAGCAAGCUCGCUGAGAUAUUAUGGCCUUGGGUUAAAGAAUGGGAGGUACAAUGUUGAACUUCACUUUGCCGAGAUAGCUAUGGAUGACUCUUACAGUUGGAGAGGUCUUGGGAGGCGCUUGUUUGACAUUUACAUCCAGGGUGAGAGAGUUCUCCAAGACUUGAACAUCAGAAAAGAAGCUGGUGGAUCCAAAAGAGCCUUGAUAAAAAGAUUUGAAGCAAAUGUGACAAACUCAGCAAUGGAUAUACACUUCUUCUGGGCUGGGAAGGGCACUUGCUGCAUUCCAUUUCAAAGCACAUACGGACCCUUAGUAUCAGCAAUCCAUGUUUCUCAAGUUUCUGAUAGCACCGGCGCUUCCAAGAGAAACAAGAAGCGUAUAGGAAGAAUCGUUGGAAUCACUGCAGGAUGUGUUGCUGGGGCUGUUGUUAUUUCCUCCUUGGUGUAUCUAUGGUGGACAAAGGAAGCAGCACCUAAACACAUGCGGGUUCAUACUGACUCGCCCAAGUGAUGAUCAAACCAGAAAAAUAAAACUCCAUAGGGAACUGUAAAAUAGUAUAUGGCCUGCAUGGCCUUCUAUGGCUUUGAUUUCACUUCAGGGUUGUGCUUGGGUGGCCCCUUGUGUUUCCAUUGUUUUUUAGUGUCUUGUAGUUUUGCUGUAUGCAGAUGCUGCUUAGUGUAAAAGAAGGGCAGUGAUGAUUUUAUUUUGGUGUA